CGCGAGGGGCUGGGCUGGGUGUGAAGCUGCUCAUCGGAGCCGGCGCUCUUGCCUACGGGGUCAAAGAAGCCACAUACACAGGUCCUUGCAGAAAUUUCUCCUCGGCCUCCAGGAUGGACUGAUUUUCUACAAAAGCGAGGGCACAGAUAGUGGACUACCAGAAAAGGAAUUGGGAUCACACGCCAAAUAGCCAAGUAUCAUUUCGCAUGUUUAGUUUUUACUACAAAAGUGUCUCUUUUAUAUUAACCACAAAAACAAUUCUUUUUAGAGCAAUGGUCUCAUAUUAUGGAUAAACUAUUUGACAUUAAAAACAAUGUGAAUCUGACAUCAUGCAGAGCACAGCUAACACAUAAGACCUACCUCUGGAAAAAGGACAUCCAUAAUGAAUUUGAUCUCGUCACUGUGGGUGUACUGUCCAGAAUGGAAGUCAGUGGAGGGUGGCCAGAGAGCCGUUAUCUUCAGCAGAAUUGGAGGGAUGCAGAUGGACACUGUGCUUGCAGAAGGAUUGCACUUCAGAAUGCCGUGGUUCCAGUACCCCAUCAUCUAUGAUAUUCGAGCUAGGCCCAGGAAGAUUUCAUCCCUCACUGGAAGCAAAGAUCUUCAGAUGGUAAACAUAGGUCUUCGUGUGCUAUCUCGGCCCAUUGCCUCCAAACUGCCGAUCAUGUACCAGCAGCUGGGGAAAGACUAUGAUGAACGUGUGCUUCCUUCUGUCGUCAAUGAGGUGCUGAAGAGCGUGGUGGCCAAGUUCAAUGCCUCCCAACUGAUCACACAGAGAGCUCAGGUGUCACUACUUAUAAGGCGAGAUCUAAUCGAAAGAGCUAAAGACUUUAACAUCAUCCUGGAUGACGUGGCCAUCACAGAGCUCAGCUUCAGCAAAGAGUACACUGCUGCUGUGGAGGCCAAACAAGUCGCCCAGCAGGAGGCCCAAAGGGCUCAGUUUUAUGUAGAGAAGGCCAAACAGGACCAGAGACAGAAGAUUAUACAGGCUGAGGGUGAAGCUGAGGCUGCUAAAAUGUUGGGUCAAGCUGUUAUGAAGAACCCUGGUUACCUAAAACUCAGACGUAUCAGAGCAGCCCAAAAUAUUGCCAAAACGGUGGCAGCUUCUCAGAACAAGGUGUACCUGAGUGCAGACAGCCUCGUUUUGAACCUCCAAGACAGCUCUUUCAACAAGCUGUCACUAGGGAAAUGAGGAGCAUCAUCCAUGAAGAACAUAUGCAUUCCAUAUGUAAGCAGUGUUUGCUGAGCCACUAUAUUUAUGUCCCUUUCCUAAACGUGACUGUGAGCAGAGCCUCUCUCACAGUAAAGUUCUGCUGGGGCUCAGAUAAGACAUGAGUCUGGCAGCCAUACAGAUUCACAUGUACCUGUUAAUACACAUUGAUUCAGUCAUUCGGGACUAUUUUCUGGCACAUUCAGCUUAAGAAUUGGAGUUUUGGUAUCAGAUAGCUUUAAAUGCUAAUGGUGAUCACAAAAUAUACACUGCAAAUAAUAAAUGGUCACUUGUUCAUUUAUUCCUAAAUGUCCCUAUAAAGACACACAAAUAAGAUCCUGACCAGGGCCAGUAGCUAAAAAGUUGCUGAUUGUUUACAGAACAUUAAGCGUUUGAUCAAUCGUGAUUAAUUGCAUCCAAAAUAAAC